AUGAGUAAUAUAACACAAUUGUUAUUAAAAGAUGAGCAAAAUUUCAUCGAUGUUGCAAAACUUACAUUUUACGCAUCGACAACAAUUACACUUGAAUCUGCGUUUGCACUUUUUAUAAAUCUUUAUUUAUUAAGUUGUUCACAUUAUUUGCGUAAACCAAUAAAAAUGAAUUUGCGGCUUUGUAUAAAUUUAACAGCUGCAAACGCUGCAUGUGCAUUUUUCUACAUGAUAAGCAAUCUAAUAAAUGUUAUCAUACCGACGAUUAAUGGCAAUAAUCAAAUUGUAUCGCAUUGUAUUUCAUUGUUAGUCGAGUGCUUGAAAAUUUCAAUGUUUUUUGCUUCAUUGUUUAUAUUAUUGGCAUUGGCAAUUAAUCACUAUGUUGGAAUUAUAUAUCCAUUUUAUAGAAUUUUACUAUUUUUGGCAUAUAUAGUACCAAUUUUAUUUUUUAUAAGUUUAUAUUCAAUAAUGCCUGGUGGUUUUCGCAACAAAGAAGCGUUUGGAUUUUUAACUCUCAAGGGAUGCGUUGGGGCUAAUAUUAUGUCGAAAUUCUUUGUUCGCUUGAUAACCGUCAUACCUUUUAUACUUUUUGUUGCAAUUAUUGUUUCUCUAUAUAUUCACAUCGUCAUUCACAUGAAAAAGGUUAUUUCGAUGGGAAAUUUUAUUCACGUUAUGAAAUUGAUAAUUGAUGCUUUUAUAUAUGCUAGUCGAUUGGUUGAAAUAAGAUAUUCAACGUGGAUAUUUAAAAUAAAGUUGAAAUCAUUAUUAACCGGUAAAAGACAAAAUGAAGACGUUUUACCCAACGAAUUUACGAAAUAUGUAAAUGAAACGAUAGAAAAUAAUGAAAAUCAUCGAAAUAUUUAUACGAGGGAAGCAAAUCCACUAACGGGGCGGAAAAGUUUUAUUGGCGAUAUCAAGGAAGCACCAAAUUGCGAUUUUUAA